CCGUGCUGCUGCUGCAAGCAGCUCGGGAGACGAGGCUGUUUUAAAAAAAAAAACCCAUUCAUGGACACUGAAAAUACGAGCUCUUCUCUUUCUUUCUCUGCAAACGCAGGCACAUGCUGGCAAGUGUUGAGAGCAACAACGGCAGCACCCUCCCUGGCAUUGACAGCCCCAGAAGCAGCUUUAGAGAAACCCCCUAUAGCGUCAUAAGCACCGAUACCAAUCAUUGGACGCACACUGAGAGGACUGCCGCCGCCAGCCUUUCUUGCAUCGUUAUCCAAGGAGAGCAGCUCCAGGAUGGGCUGCUCCUCGGGCCGCCAGCCCCCAGCCCCUGUCCUUCAUCCGGACCUGGACUGCGGCAACAACAGCGAAGCCAACACUUUACCCCAAGACUUUGAGAACCAGGGUUUGAAUGGGCUUGGAGAGGGAAGAGAAGAGGAGAGGAGCGUUGGAAGAGAACCAGCCAAACCUCCGGAGUCUCUCCCCACGCUGGAGCGACUCGCUCAGGCUACAGGCGGGACAGAGAAGUCCUGGUAUCGCUGCGUGUUUCCAUUCGGUGUGAUAUCACUAGUGAUUGGCAUGGCGGGCACCGGAGUGACGUUCACCUUUAACACACUGCUCCAAACCAAAGUGGUGUCGGUGGCGUUGCUGUGCACUGGCAUACUGAUGCUGCUCGUGGCAGCCGUUUGCUGGAGGGCCCACAGACUGAGGAAAAAGAAAAAGAAGGAAGGUGGAUUCUUCACCGCUGAUCAGGGCACUUUGUGAUGGUGGGUGGACUGACAGUCAGAUCCUUGUUAGCACUUCAAGUUGGACUUUUUGAAUGAGAAGGACAAACUGAACAAGUAGACUUAGGGACGUCAGUGCUUUUCUGCUCUGCACAAGGGCAGAGGGUAGAAGAGCUUGAUAAUACUGGAAACAUUAUUGAGCCAGGGAAACUUUAUGAUAGUGAGUCAGUAUUCAGAAAAUGCCAGUUUAGCAAAGGCAUCAUCGCACAUCCCGAGCAGAUAGACAGCGUAAAGUAUGCGUCACACCAACAACUCCCCCUCUCCUCUCUUGUUCCAUCCUGUUAUGGAUUUACCUGGGGAUCCAGUGGAGCACAGAGCCCAGAGCACAUUAUAGAUCAUUGCUCCAAGACUGGCCUCUUUGUGUCAGGGAAAUGUAUGAGAGAUAGGUACCUCAGGAAUAGUUAUUAAACACCUCCUGAUCCUCUAUCUGUGGCUCAACAGCGCUCAGUCACCCUAAAGAGGUGUGUGUGCGCCUGUCAGGAAGAUCUGGAUCAGCCUAUUUUAGAAGUGAUCAAAGGAACACUCAACAGUGUUUGUGCUUGCGCAUGCUAGUUUAAGUGUGCAGUUGGUUUAUAGAGGGACAAUAGUUCUGUUCUUCCAGGGGAUCUGUAAUUGAAAGAGAAGCGCAUGACCACAAGUAUAAAACCUAGCCUGUCUGGAGGUAAAUGAAACAUGAUUUCCCCUCCUUACAAAACCACUGUUGAGGUGCCCUUUUGCACGUACGCCACUUAGUCUCCGACUGCUCCAGUGCGGCUGCUUAUUAGGCAAAAGUACAAGCAGCAGUGAGAGGUUGUAUCUGGAGAGGAAGUGGGGAAUCAGGCAAAAUCAUGCAAAAAGAGUUAAUGCUGAAGAAUUUUUUUUUUUUUUUUCCCCCCAAGGGUGACUAAUCCUGUACACAUGCAGCCACUAUUUCAUGUUCCUCAUGUUUCUGUCUCCAGUCCAAUUCAGUGUUAUCAUGUACAAAGGUCAACCCUUUUUCCUUCCUGCUAGUUUUCCUUCCUCUUCGUGUUGGGUAACCACAAUCCAGCUGAGCCGGAUCAAUAGAAAUCACCACUCUGUGAAGUAUUAAGCUUUUGGAGGUAAUGGUCUGCAUUUGCAGUCCCCGCAGAUGAAAUUGCUUUCUCCCAGCACUUCUAGAUGACUUGUGCAUUGUAUGACAGGAAAAUCCCAUUACAGACAUGCCUGAGUGAACACAGACCAACAAAGACAACGUGAAUAAAGCCCCUCAUCCUUGUCCACCUGAUUCCUCUGAUCCUCACCUCCUGCUGAAGUAAACAGAGGCGACACCAUUGGACAUUUACGUCUGAGCAGUGGGGAAAAAUCAAUUCUUCCUUUCUUUGUACCCUGCAUUCUCCAGCUCUGCGAGGAAGGAUUUACACUAUUGUUUAUACAGGCGACCAGAUGUGAGAAAUGGACAUUAAGUUAACUUCUCCCUGGGCGCAGGCUUAACCAGGUUUAACCUGUCAUUCCUCAUAGAUCAAGUUAGUUCUCCUCCGUCUUAGUUGAGGAGCCAAAAUGUAGCAUUAAGUUAGCCACAUUAGCUAUAGCAGUGUGUGGUGUUUAGCAGCAGGCGAUGUGAUUUUAAGGAAGACCCAGCAGCUUCUUGUCAGCUGUAGCGACGUUCUCGUGUUUGACUGAUGAUCGGUCUAAUUCUUUGUGCAUGGAGUUACUACAGUUUCCAUGUGGAGCAGCAGCUGUAGAAGUGUGUGUAUGAGUGUGUAUGUGUGUGUACGCACACACCAAAGCUACACUUAAUCUUUUUUUUUUUUCCCCCUUUGGUUUGCCUCACAACACCUGAGACGAUCUGAGGUAAUCCCUUUCAGUAUUGAUGUGUUCAUUUGUGUGCGCACACAUUUAUUCUGAAAUACUGAGUAUUCUUCUAAGUGACAUAUCAUAAAUACUGUGUCCAACUAAGAGUGUAGCCACAUUUCUGAAUGUACCUCCAACAGUGAGUGUCUUACAAACAUCCUUCAGUGGACUGUAAAUUAUUUAUUAAUCUUCUGUUUUGUCUAGACAGCAAAUUUAGACAUAGCCUAAUGUGUGUGUCAGUUUUAUACAGUUGCCUACACUAUUGUUUCUCUGGUUGUAAUGAUUUCAAGUGUGUAGCAGUGAGUUUAAAUUGUAAUCGUUUCACAUUUUUGACCAGUAAAUUUCCGAUUGUAUUUUUUUUUUAUCCAGACUUGAUAAAUAUCCACGGUUUUGGAAUGAAACUGUUCAGUUGCUUUUAAGUGAUUGUUGUCAAUCUGCUUUGAGUUCAUUGGCAUGGCCCAGCUUUUCUCUGAGUGCCUUUUACUUGCAACAUCAGUAUUUCUCGGUAAAGGUGCGGUUCAUGUAAGCUGAGGCCAGUAUUAGAGAGAACUAGAAAGAGGCAGAAAUAUUUCUGUUCACUGCUGUUGCGAGUGUUUGGUGUGCAUGAAGUUACCUUAAGUCACAGUUUGAGACAGUUCCUUAAGUAAAUACCCAGAAAUACCAAAUAUAUAUAUAUUUAUCGAGAAGCUUUUUUUUGUCUCUCUUAAAUGUGUGUGAGAUUGUACUUUUUUUUUUUUGUUGUUGUUUACCAUAAUCUGACAAAG